AUGCACAGAAAGAAAGGCAAUGACUAUAUUCGGUAUCUUCUGCAAUUGAUUACUGCGCCUCAUCUAGCAAGUUGCCUUGACGAACGUGCCUCUGUCGUCUUACAAUUAUGUUUGUCUAUGAGGACCAAAUUUUGUCGUGAGGAUCCUCUGUAUAUCCUAACGGUUCGUCGUUCAAGAGAUUUAGCUGAAAAGGGAAAUUACUUGCUCCGUUUUAAAUAUAAAAUGCAAACGAUUUCCCAGAUUCCAUUCAUCGUUGAAGAUUUGCAAUACAGGUUGGUUCGGGAUUUAGAUUGGUGCACCACUUCACCUUCAAGCAAGGAGAACACAGAGUCGUUCUUGAGUGAUUUUAAGGACUUCAAGGUAUUCUCACGCCUUCUGUUUCAGGCAAUUCAAGAAUUUAACUCUUCUCCUACUCCAGAGAGUAAUUCUAUUUGUGAAGGAAAAAUGGAUUCUCUGCAUUCUGUAUUUCUUAAGUUGUUGGUAAAGAUGGAGCACCGGCUUAAAGCACUUCAGAUAGACCAUAGUGGGAAGGAAAGAUCAAUGAUCUUACACAGGAAGAAAAGAUUAAUGAAGAAAAUGUCCGCUCUGAAUGAGACAGAAUUUUGGGACGUAUUAAAAAAGACAAAGGUUGCAAUACGUGCACUGGUUCUUCGAUUCGCUGAUAGAAAAGAUGACUAUGACUAUCGGUGGCUUCUUGAGCACAAUGAUGUGACUGAUUCUGAAUCCAGGAUGGAUUUAGUUUUGUUGAUGAUCUCUGAAGUAAAAGAACCUGCUAUAGAGUUGAUUCAGGAGCUUGUUAAUUGGUCUAAGAAUCUGGACACUGAUUUGUUCAGAGUAUUCAAGAACAAGAAAUUUACAGAUCCUCAAGUUUUGCAGGACUGGCUGUGUAAGUCAAGUCAAGCUAUAUUCAACUCAAACAAUCGCCUUUUUCUGGCGUGUUCAGAUGAUCCUACUAGGUUCUAUCUGAACCUCGAGUUCACCCCAGCUCCCUUCCACCAUCAAUGUGCGGAAUUUGCUGGCAAAGUGAUUGCAUUAGCUUUGAUAUAUAGAGUGAGAGUAGGUGUGGCAUUGGAUCUCGAGUUUCUAUCGCAGCAGAACGACCAGUUGAAUGAUUCAUAUUUGGAUAGUAGAUUUGAUAACAAGAUCCUGGUAUCACGUUUCGCAAAUGGCUUUGCCAAUGUUUUUGGUGUGCCAAUCAAAGAAUUGAUGUGUUUUAGAGGAUUACAGGUUGAAGACAUUAAUCAAGUAUUGCAUGGACCCCAAAGACCUUAUCAUAGUUUCGCAAAUGGCUUUGCCAAUGUUUUUGGUGUGCCAAUCAAAGAAUUGAUGUGUUUUAGAGGAUUACAGGUUGAAGACAUUAAUCAAGUAUUGCAUGGACCCCAAAGACCUUAUCAUAGUGCAGAAAAUACUAAUGGCAAAAUGGAGAGGGAAGCCGAGGUUGAUCCUCUGUUGUCUCAUUACCAAAAGGUAAGGGCUUUCCCCUGUAUACUAGAUUUCUGUUGUCUAAGACUUAGUAGGUGA